AUGGCGCCUCGUACCCUGGCGCUUGCCUUGCCCGCUGCCGGCCUUGUGGCCGCGCCACUUUUCGUGCCCGGAGCUCCCAGCACUCAGGGCACCCAGGCACCCCGCACAGCCGCACACGCAGCUGCGCAGACACCCAGCAGCGGCCUUUCGGCAGCUACCGUCGGCACCGUCGCCAGCGCAGGAGUUUUGGUGGCAGCCUUGUCUCGCGCUUCCGGCAGGACAUCCCGGCCUCACGUCGCACGUAACUUCUUCGGCGGACCCACCUCGACACCGGCCAGCUUCGACCCGGCAACGGAGCUGGGUGUGCAAGAUCCGGUGGGAUUUUGGGAUCCCCUAGGGCUUGCGGCUGACAAGGACAAGGCCACCUUCAAUCGCCGUCGCGCGGUGGAGCUCAAGCAUGGGCGGAUCGCGAUGUAUGCGACCAUUGGCUACAUUGUCCCGGAAUACUUUCGCUGGCCAGGCUUCCUGUCCCCCUCGUUGGGCUUGAAGUUCUCUGACAUGCCCAACGGCCUUGCAGCUCUUUCCAAGCUGCCUGUGCUGGGUGGUGCUCAAAUCAUCGCCUUCGCCGGCCUCAUCGAGACGACAGGCUUCUUCCAGGCGGCCUCGACCACCGAUGGCCGUGGUCCGCGUGAGGGCCAGUUCUCCAUGAAGGACUCCACCGAGAGCGCCGAGCCCGGCAACUAUGGCGUGGGUUUCCCGAACUUCCUGGGAAAGGUCGAGGAUCCAGAGGCACGCAAAACCAAACUUGCGGCCGAGCUGGCGAACGGCCGCUUAGCGAUGAUGGCCAUCAUCGGCAUGUUCUUCCAAGAUGGUCUCACCGGCUCUGCUUGGGGAGACUGGAGCACAUACACGGCGUCGCCCCUGAGGGCUUACGACCCCUCGGAGGAGGUCGGGGCCAUGCCACCUCUUGGCUUCUUCGACCCCCUGAACUUUUCCAAGCCGGGCCGACCGCUGGGCGUGUACCUCCAGGACCUGAGCGAUGAGGAGAAGUUCGCGUGGCUUCGCGCGGCGGAGCUGAAGAACGGCCGCGUGGCGAUGAUGCUCGACUGGCGGGUGGCGCUCGAUAUGCGCGGAGUCGGCAUCGAGUGCGGUUGGGUUGCCGUGCCAUUGCUCAGCUUUGUGCUCUUCGUCGUAGAGGGCGAGUUCGAUUCUCACGAUGUGGUCGAGCUCCUUGCUUUGAGGCUUUGGUGUGCAGAGGUGAGCGGCUUGCUUGCCAAGACGGUGGCGAGCUUCUCCCAGAUGAUUGCAAUAGUGGCGCCAUCGAUUCGAGGCCGGAGAUGCUUUGGCUGGAGAUGGGUCUGGCUCUUGACUCUUGAUCUUGGCGAUGCCUUUCGUGGUGGUGCUGGCGGUGCGGCGACCACGAAGAGGACUGAGAAGCUCCUAGCUUCCCUUUCACAGAUGCUGAGUGGCUGGGCCGAUGCUGGCGACGAUGAGGAGGAGGACGAUGGCUACGAGCAGCUGUUUCAGGACCUGGAGAAGAUCAUCAAGAAUCGGCCUAAGGAUCCUGUGCGUGCUUUGCAGCAGCUGCUUGUGACUUGGCAAGCUGCUGAUGAAUCUUGGAUUGGCCGGAUCCUGAGCCUGUUGAUCUUGGCCCACCUUGGCAAGCUGAUGAUGCUGAUGCUGGACGUCACGGAGCUGUUGCAUGAUCCCACAAUUGAUGCUGUUGCUUAUGUCACGAAAGAAGAGGAGCUGGAGAGGUACCGCACCCUGCUCCAGAGUUCUGAGGACCCGCCGGAUCUCACCAUCAUUGUCAUGCGGGGCGAGUGGCGCGGCCACGUUCGUGCGGCCAACGUCUGGGCUGCUUAUUGCAGCGAGGAGGGAUUGGUGCCACACUCAGGGAUUGCUGGGGAUGGCAAUUGGUCAGAGGCCCUGGCGGCAACACGGCGUGCCAGCUCUGGCAGUGGAGUGGCAAAGUUCGGAGGGCUGCCACUCCUGCCGAUGUGGAGCGGCCUCGUACUGUUUUCAGAUCCUGGCGACUCCGGUAUUCCGAGGGAGUGGGCUUAUGAGGAUGUCGAGACCUUCUUGGAAGUCUUCAAGACUGGAGGCAAGACUGGUGGUAAGAGCAGGUGGUCUUCGUCGGGUGAUCGUUCUGUGCAGGGUUCCUCACCGCCGCCGGCUGAGACUGGCGAAUCUUCUUUCGAGAUGCAAGUUGACUCCAGCGAGGCCCCUCGCGUCGAUGACGGCAAAUCCUCGGCUAAAACUGACUCAGCUGAGCCCUCCAAGCGUGAGAAAGCUGGCCCGAGUGGCCCGCCCAUCCCCUCCGGAAUGGUGCUGAAGGACAACACGGGUGCUGGAAAUUGCAUGUACUUAGCGAUUUCGGAUGCCCUGGUUGGUGUUGGCCGAUCAUUGCGCAGCGCGUCCGAUCUGCGCAAUGUGGUUUGCAUUGUAAGAAUUUCUGCAGCAAAGCUUGAGGUUUGCACGCGAGUUUCUUGCUGCGGUGCUAAAAGGCUCUCCUUGAAAGCCCGGGUGACUCAGUACAAAGGGCGUCUCCGUGCCUGUGAUGCUCGUGCCCGCAUUCUUCGGCGCAAGCGCUUUGGUUGGAGCUCCGAUCACUGUGAGAAGAUCCUGACCUUUGCUAUCUGUGCCGCUGUGACGCCAGUCAGCAAUCAUGACGGUGACCAUAGCCACCAUGAAUGUCGGUCGUGA